AUGGUUGAAUCGAAGGCAUUGGAGGUUCCCCAAGUGACCAGCGGCAGCCACAAUGAGAGCUCCAGCCCUCUCCUGAUGCCUCUCCUGCUGAUAAAAAUGAUCAACAAGUCUCGAGGGAAGAUACUUGGGGUGCUGGCGUUGUUUCUGGUGAUGGUUUGGUACUCAAUCUACCGGGAAGACAGGUACAUACAGCUCUUUUAUUUCCCUGUGCAAGAAAACAAGACGAUGUGUCCCCUCGGGGAGGUGGAGAGGAAAGCGGCGCAGCUCAUCGGGAACUACACCAGAGACCACCCGCUCUUCUUGCAGCUGAAGGACUACUUUUGGGUGAAGACUCCAUCGCUGUAUGAGCUGCCCUAUGGCACUAAAGGAAGUGAAGAUGUCCUCCUGCGCUUGCUGUCGAUCACCCACUACUCCCUGCCCGAGAGCAUCCAGAGACUGAAGUGCCGGAGGUGCGCGGUGGUGGGCAACGGCCACCGGCUCCGCAACAGCUCCAUGGGGGAGACCAUCAACACGUAUGAUGUUGUGAUCAGGCUGAACAAUGCCCCGGUCCAUGGUUACGAGCAGGACGUGGGCUCCAAGACCACCAUGCGCCUCUUCUACCCGGAGUCGGCCCACUUCAACCCCAGGACAGAAAACAACCCUGACACGUUGCUGGUGCUGGUGCCCUUCAAGCCCAUGGACUUCCAGUGGAUGGAGGCCAUCCUUAAUGACAAGAAGAGGGUGCGGAAAGGGUUUUGGAAACAGCCCCCGUUGAUCUGGGAUGCCAACCCGGAGCAAGUCCGCAUCCUCAACCCUUAUUACAUGGAAGUAACUGCUGCUAAACUACUCAACCUCCCCAUGAAGCAGCCACGGAAGGUCAAGCAGAAGCCCACCACAGGGUUGCUGGCCAUCACCUUGGCACUGCACUUCUGUGACCUGGUGCACAUCGCGGGCUUUGGCUACCCCGAUUCGGCCAACAAGAAGCAGACCAUUCACUACUAUGAACAGAUCACACUCAAGUCCAUGGCGGCAUCAGAGCACAACGUCUCACAUGAGGCAGUGGCCAUCAAGCGGAUGCUGGAGCUGGGUCUCAUCAAGAACCUCACCUACUUCUGAGGGCACUGGGGGCUGUGCAGGGACCACAUCCCCCAUUUG